CCGAGGGUUGGGCUGUAGACCGAUCCCAUCCGCGAAGCGGAGUUUCCGGCUGAGUGUGACGGCGAGAAAGCCUGCAUAGAGAAGUCACCGGCCGGCCAGAAACAGCACUCACGUAUUGGGGAAGGGAGAGUCUCAGGAAGGCCGGGGAGCAUACUGCGGGUUACGUGGGGCAAAUCGGAAACCUGGAGGGGAUCGUCCGAGCGCCGGCAUGGCCAGGGAUUACGAUUACCUCUUCAAGCUGCUCAUCAUCGGCGACAGCGGUGUCGGGAAGAGCAGCCUCUUAUUGCGGUUUGCAGACAACACUUUUUCAGGUAGCUACAUCACCACCAUUGGGGUAGACUUUAAGAUCAGGACUGUGGAAAUCAACGGGGAGAAAGUGAAGCUACAAAUAUGGGACACGGCUGGACAGGAGCGAUUCCGCACCAUCACAUCAACGUAUUACAGAGGAACCCAUGGUGUAAUUGUUGUUUAUGACGUAACUAGUGCCGAGUCCUUUGUAAAUGUUAAACGGUGGUUACAUGAAAUAAACCAGAACUGUGAUGAUGUGUGCAGAAUAUUAGUGGGUAACAAGAAUGAUGACCCUGCAUCAAAAGUUGUGGAGACCAAUGAUGCGCAGAAGUUUGCAGAGCAAAUGGGGAUUCAUCUGUUUGAGACAAGUGCAAAAGAGAACAUAAACGUGGAGGAGAUGUUCAACUGCAUCACAGAGUUGGUUCUUAAAGCCAAGAAAGAAGUCCUGGCCAAACAGCAGCAGCAGCAACAGAAUGACGUUGUCAAGCUGACGAAAAACAGCAAACGGAAGAAAAAGUGCUGCUAGUCACACAGCAACAGUCAGGACUGCUGUCAACAAACCACAUAAAAGCCAGUCCAUUUUGGAAGCCACUAUCAUGCAGAUUUCAAUAAAGAACAAACGAACCGUUUUAUUAGAACUUUGACUUUUUUUUUGGGUGGAUUCAUCAGUUCCAUGUUGUUUCCUAGUCUCCACGCUGAAGUUUUAUAGAAGGUGGACAAGACGACUAUGCCAACAAUGCAUUGCCAAGAUUCACUCCACUCCCAUCUUGUUCCACUUUGCAUGGACAGCUGCAGAGCCCACUGUUUCCGGAGAAGACUUAUGUAAAGACUGAAAGUGGCUGCCAUCUCCAUGCUUUCAACUAAUGCCAAUUUUGAACUUUCUGAACCGUGCCUGGUUCUUUUUAAAAACCAAUUAAGAACACCACAAGUUCCAUUCUCCUUUGGAGAUCUCCGAUUUUAUUUGCACUUUCCCCUCUUAUUAUUAGUCUUUUGCUACCUUACAUUUACUAUUUCUCUUUAUUAUUGAGUUUAUUUUAACCAACCGCCUCCACCCCCCUCAAAAAAAAAAAAAAAAGUGACCAGGAAGGGGCAUUUAGGAUUAAGACUUUUUGAUGAGAGACUGACGAGAAACUGAAAUUAUAGCCAUUGCUGGGUUUGUACCCAGUAUCCUUCCAAUAAAUCUGGGUUAAAAACUCCCAUUUGGAAUCAUUGCUAUAUCAAGUAAAUUAAGAGAGGAAAAAAAUAGGAAAGUGUGUUUUUUUUUGGGGGGGGAGCAAUUGAACCAUUGAACCUCCUUCCAAUCAGGUGUAUUCUUUUUUCCUAAGCCAGUUUAAUCCAUAAUAAACAUUUUAAAUAAUUAA